AUGAGUCUUACGAGUUUAUCACAUCAUGAUGUUUUUAAAAAAAAGGGUUUACAACCGAUAUCAAGAUUUAGAGCUGUUGUGUAUACGGUGAUUGCUAAUCUGCCUUGGUUGCAACACGAUGAUUAUGUGCUUGCUCCUGUAAAUUUGUUUGACUCGAUAUGUAUGAAACAUCUUAUUUCAGCUUAUGAAUUAUCUGAAAUAUCUGUUUUUCAAAAGUUAAUUUUGUUCAAACCACCUGAAGAGAGAACAGUGUUUGAAUUAGAAACAAUCGAAUGGAUGUUCGCAAUUGGAUUUAAAUUUUUUCAUCUGUGUCCAAUUGAAAUUAAGAUGGCUCUAAUCAGGAGGGCGACUUAUAAAUGUUAUGGCCCUGGUAGAUGGAUACUGAAACAGGGACAUUUAUCGACAAAUAUGUAUUUAAUUGUCAAAGGACAUGUGGUAAUUACUGAAGAUGUACUAAAUUCUGUUACUAAGCUUAUGGAUAACACUGAACUUUGCAAAUUGAAGGAAAAAAAAUCGUUUGGCGAGAGUGCCGUUAUGUUUAACACAUGUAGAACAAAUUCUGUACAAUCAUUAAGUACAGUGGAAUUGAUUAGCAUAUCAAAAAAUGAUUUCACGGACAUUAUCAAAGAUAAUUUGCAACUUCAGUGGAAUGCAAAUGCUAUAGCUAUUAAAAAUUCGUCAUACUUUAAACAUCUAAGUUUAAUGGAAUUAAAUAAAUGCAGCACUAUUUCAUUUAUUAAAACAUUUAAAGAAAAUGAUUAUGUUCUCGGAAAAGGACUAGGAGAUAUUGAUUGUGCUCACUUCGUAUUAGAAGGAGAAAUAUCUUUAAUACAAUGUUUGAAAAUUAAAAGGAUUGUUAACCGUUAUGGUAAUGUAAGGUUCAAAUUAAAAAAGAAUUCGGAAAAAUUGAAUAAAACAAAAUAUACUGACAUACAUGUUGAUACUUGUACAUUUUUAUCAGACUCGUGUUUUAACAUUGGUGAAAAUAUGGCGGAUAAAGAAUUUAUAACUACCGAUAUUAAAGAAACAAAAUGCUUGUGUGUUCCUCAUUGGUUCAUGGCAGAAACUGAAAAACUUAAAUGUUGGGAAUUCGUAAAGCUGGAUCUCAAUCAUAUUAUUCCAUCCAAGGACCAAGUAUUUUCAAAACUCUAUCGAUCGUAA